AUGUGGGCAAUGAAGAAUAUUGGAGACACUUUUCUACGGAAAGACAUCAAUACUCGUCAAAUAAUUCUCGGUAGUUUCUGGAGGGACGAACGAGAACAGAAUGUAGAUGGACGGUUCGCAGUAAUUCAUUUUUUGGGAGACGGAAGAAUCGAACAUCCACUCUAUUGUUUCUCAAUUCAAGCCAAUAAUCGUUAUCUCAUCACCCGAGCAACAGUUCAACGAAUUCAUCGUGGGAAGAGGGCAUCAUCAGACAUCUGCUCAUGGUCUGGACACAUUGCGGAGUGCGAUUUGGAUGUUCAUGCUAUGAAAGAAUUCAAAAUCAGCACAACCCCAAAUGUCGAAGACGCUAUGCUAGUGACUCCGGAAGCACCUCUCAGAGAACCCCGUCACGAUAUGGUCGUCUGUAUGGCACCAAUGUACAUCUAUACCGAUUGGGAAAUCCUUGUAACCGGAAUUGAAUUGUGGUUGGCUAUGGGAGCGACGAAGAUAGUGGUCCCUGUUCAAUCAGCCUCCAGUGCCACGUAUAGAAUCCUUCAAGAAUAUGAGAAAAAGGGAAUUGUGAUCAUCAGACACUGGCCAAAAUGGCCAAUUAUGUCAGACACAAAUCCAAAUGGAUUGGUUCUUUCGAGAGGAAUCGAAGAAUCUCAUGUCAAUUGUUUGUUCUUUGUAAAGCCAUGGUCUGAUAUUGUUGUGUUCUCGGAUAUUGAUGAUUUCUUAUUGCCAUUGGAUCCAUCGACAGUGUCUCCAGGAGAUAAUCUUCAAAUUUUGAAAAACUUAUUCGCUGAACAUCCUCAAGCUGGAAGUUUACUUUUCGAGCAUCGUGAUGUGCAAUUCGUCCCACCAAACCGUCAAGAAGAUCAGAGUCUGGCAAACUUUAAUUUCGAGUUUUUGAGAAAUUCGAAGAAUAAAAUGAACUGUAAUGUAUGGAGAAUGAAGACCAGAGUCGUUGUGAAUGCAAGUCGCGUGGACAGUGUGAACAUGCAUGAAACUGGAAUCCAUCGUUUCGGAUACGUUCAGACCAGAGUUCCAUGCCGACAAGCUCACUUCUAUCAUCUUCGUCACUCACAUAACACUGUUCCAUCACCAACUCCAAUUAAUAUGUCCCCAUUGGCAGAUAUGCUUAAUAAACAAUGGCAAAACCGAAUCGAAUCAUUCACAAGUAUGAAAUCUGAAAUUCUGAACAAAACGAACACAGAGUAUUUGGAAGAUUUUGAUAGAUGUAUGGGAGCUAUCAAUGAUGAGCAUUGGACAAUGAAGGUCUCCCGAUGCCUAACCCCUCAUGUCUGCUUCAGUCGUCUGCGACGAGACGUCGAUUGUGUAGCCGUGGCUUCUGAAUAUGAGUUCUACCGUUCUGGAAAGGGAUAUUUCAUGAACCCAACCAACAUCCGUGUUCAAAAAUCCGAAGUGAAUUGCGAAUCGCCAGUACCGCCAUUCACAUCUGGAAACCAUUAUUUCGCUCCGUGA